UACACCCGCACUUCCCCGUCCUUCCGAGGGAGGACGGUAGAAUCAAAAGACAAAUUCAAAAAUUGGGGGGUCUCCAGCUCUGCCUGUGUCACAUGGAAGCACAGUAGCUGAGCCGAGGGGAUGCGAGUACAGAUGGAGGGGGCUUGAGGGACUGUGGAGGAGAAACCUGGCACUUGGAGAUAAUACUGGAGAUACAGCGGCGGCGGCGGCGGCAGAAGCAGCAGCGGCAGCAGCAGAUAGGCAGGUCAGACACUUCCCAGCCUCCCUUCUGGCUGGGGAGCAGAGGAGCGCGGACAGGGCGCACAAGGGGGUCAGCGGGCUCUCAGAGGAUGUCACAUGCAAUAUGCUGCAUUCGUGUUUUCUGAAGCCCAAGAAAGCCGAGUUAUCGCCUUUGAUUGAUUAUGCUCGCGGGGAGCGCCUGGUCCGAGUGGAAGCAGAAGGAAGCGACCAGGGUUGAUGCUGCGCCUCCCAAAAUCUCUGAGCUGAAUCCCAGUGAGACCGUGGCACUUCCCUGCGUGCAUGAGUUGUAAGGGUGUGAGUGUGAGUGUGUGUGAGAGCAAGUGAGCGCCAGCGCUCCCACAUGGCCUCCAUGCAGGACGGGCUGAACUUCACGGCUCCUCCCUACGGCAAGGUCCUGCUGCUGGGUGCUAUCGCUGCUGCCUCAGCCUUUGUUGUCACGAUCCUCAUCGUGGUGCUCUGCGUGGGCUGCCAGAGGAAGGGGAAGACACACAAUGUUCCCGGCGAGGGUGGAAAACACCGUCUCAUGGACAUGGGUAUACUCAGGCAGUCGAAGCUGCGGUCCAUCAGUAAAUCAGACACUGAGAUGAACAAGAUGAACUGCAAUGGCAAAAAGGCAUCUAAAAAGAAACGUCCAGCCAGCAUGGACCUUCUGCUGCUGCUCAGCCGCCGGUCUAACUCUGACCUUCGUUCUCAAGGCAGGCAGCUUCCCCAGAUCCCCUCCGGGACUGGAGAGGACGGAGAGCACACUUACUCUGAGGUGGGCCGACGCUCCUCCACCACACGUACUGACGAUGCCCUCUACGCCAUGGUAGGCAGGGCCGGGCAGACGGACACUCCAGCCCCUCCGGCUGUCCCCGCCAACACCCCAGCGCCCCCAGACCCAGACGGGGAUGUGGAAGGAGGGCUGCCCGAACCUGAGGCCCAGGUCAUGUCCCCACCUCAUCCUCAGGAGACGGCCGAGUACGCCUGCGUCAGGAAGCUAAGGAAGGCCGAGAAGGCACCCCAAAAGAGGGACAGCGGGACAGAUAUGGGGGAGCCUCCGGCACCGCCUCCACGACACGCCCCGCCGUCACAUCCCGCCCCUCCUCCACCACACCCUCACAGCACGAAGUUGCCCCGUAGAAACAUGGACACCUUCAAUGUCCCGGCAUUCCCAAAGGAAGUGAUGUUUAUGGGCAAUGGAGAGCAGUACAUCUGGAAGCCUCCAGAGGAUGAAGAGAUGCUCAUACACCAAAAUAAAGCCCUGGGACCGUUGGGUGCUCACACAGUGGAGAAUAUACAACCGUCUGCUGCUGUGGUGGCUGAGAUGUACUCGAAGGUGUGUAAACCAGGAAAGAAGAAGAGAGCUGUACCGGGGUCUCCCCCAGCCAAUCCUGGCUUCCGGACCUUGGGUCGUGGUGACCGGGACCGAGACCGGGACGGGGGUUUUAGUGUAGUGGUCAAACCCCAGACGUGGGCCCUUCAGGAGGGCAAAGCAGUUGGAGGGCCCCUUGACGACCACUGCUAUGAGUCCAUCGGGACAGAGGAGUGCGAUCCGGCUUAUGAGAACAUGGAAGGUGGAGGCGCCUGGAAGCGAGAGAGGCCCCCCAACACGUGUGCCACCCUGCGGCCAAGGAGGAAGAAAGCCCAGCAGCCCUUGCAACAGCAGCAGCCCCCUCCGCCGCCGCCGACGCAGCAGACCCCCAAGUUACAGCACCUGCCUGCCAAAGCCCUGCUGCUGCCAGGAGAGAACCUGUAUGAGAGCAUCGGCGACCUGAAGCAGGGCUCCGCCACCUCCAGCACCACCACCAUCUUCACUUUCAACGAUGGCAUGGAGAUGUAUGUAACAGGGCUCUGAGGCGGUGGCUGCACUGUGACCCCUAUCCUUCCAACUCAAGGAGCUGAGCUAACACCACAAGGAGUGACGGCUGAGCCCCUGUCAUGCUCACCCACACAUACUGUUUACAUUCAAGUCAUAACAUCAUGCCUUUCACAGGCUGCGGAGGCCUUGGGGCAGUAAUGUUGAUCUUUUAUGAACUGGGCUGAAUACGAAGUCCAAUCUAUAAACCUUAAAAGGAAUCCAAAGGUAGUGAAUAAUAAAUGAGCACAAGACCAUUGCAGAGCAAUCUGUAGGUAACAGUAGCACUUCUAUUUUACUGAUACAUAUGUGCAAAGCACAAUAAAGUAAAAAGCCUAAAUUCUUCCUCAAUUCUAGCGGGUAAAAAUAGUUGUUUACCUGGUCUAGCAGGACUUCUAUUUGGGGAAAAGGCACAGCAUUGUGUGAAAUCUUUUGGUAGCACUUAGUCUGUCAUGAACAGGCCUUCCCUGUAGUUGGUCAAGAUGUGAUUCAGGAUGGAAUUUAAAUGAUAUAAAGGAAUGAAUUACUAAUCAAAAUACUUGAAAGCUCAGGGACCAAGAGAAUCAAUUAUGAGAGUAUUAUAACAAAAAUUGCACACAUUUUGCAUUCCUCCUAAAAGCUUCGACUAAUUUAGACCAUCAUCAUAUUUAAAAACCGACCAGAUACUUCCCUCCAUCUUGUUUUGUUUCAUCCUACAUGGACUGAACACUGUCUCCACUGCCGUCUGUAAAUGAAGUGUUUUACUUUCUUGAUCCUGUUUCUGCACUUUGCCUGCUACAAGUUGCAUGCUAAAAAAGUGAAAAAAACAAAAAAUAACAAAUAACAAAAAAUCAAGCACUGUCAUGUGGUACCUCUAUAUGAAUGUUUUUCUUUCUAUUGUUGUUGGUUGUUUUUUUUGUGUGUGUGUUGCUUUAUUUCUCUGUAGAGCACAAAGCCAGUUAGAUUAAGGAUGUCUUUUGCUCAGUGGGACUCUGUGCAGCAGAAAGGAGAGUAAAUUUUCUCUCAUCCUUUGCCUGCCACACACACAGUACAGAUGAAACAUGACUAAAGAGAACUGCUCGAGUCCUAAAGGUGGAGACAGUCCACUCAACCCCCCCGUCCUCUGCUCAGUCCUCACUCAUAUCUGUGGACCAUUCAUCUACAUAGUCCCUGCCUUGUGCUCAUAAUGAAUCUGCUUGGGUUUCACCAUAGUGCAGCUUGGAAAGCUAAAGUAGAACUGAUGUGUAUUAGCAACCGUCAUGUCUCAUCAUCACUCCAUCGAUGAACACUCUCUCCUCUCUCUGUUAUCAGUGUUAAAAAUAUUGCAGAAAUGAUAAAAAUGUGAAGCAAAUGGUUCGCUAAGUAGCAGAGCAUCACCCCGAGGAUAACACAUUCAAAAUUACAUCCACAAUCCUGGACAAUAACGAUGAUUUCAUUUGACCAAAUAUCCCCAGCAAACAAUGUGAUUAUACUGUAUGUUGAUGCAAUGUGUAUGUACAUUACAAAAGAGAAAGAAUAAUAAAUAUAUCAUCAGUGUCAAGAAAUCUAUCUUUUUCUAUUAUGUUUAAUUGUGUUUUGGAAUGACUUAUCUUGUGACACAAACUGCAAAAACAGCUGCAAUGUAAAUCUUCAGUGUAUUCUGUUUGUUGUUUUUGAAGCCAUGAAGCUACGGUGUGUUCUUGGAAAGCCCAGCUAAGUUAAAUGUGGCAGCUAAUGUUGUGUGUUUGCUAUUCAGACUACAGGGUCUUGUACUCAGAAGCGUGUAAUUAAGUGCUAAGUGCAAAAGAUUGUAAUGUUUUAUAUCAAGAUUACUAUUCAUGAAAUGUCAGUCAAGUUUAUACUUUUGUAAUAAAGUGGCACUUUAAAAAAAAGA